AUUUUAUUCGGAUCUCCUGUCGCAGACUUGGCUUCAUCUGUGUUUCACCAAAAAAAUAGUCCACCCCAUAUCUUUUUCUCUGUACAAAUCUCAAUUCACAACGCGUAUUGACUAGUGCAACACGUUUACUUGAGAGUUGACGCUCAGAAUUGUAAUCAAAUUCCAACUCCGAUCAUCUAUCUUUCUUCCCAAAGUAAAUUUACAUGCAAUUCUGAAUGCACCGUCUCGUGAUUCUCUGCUUCCUACUGUUCAAUUUUACAAUUACAGGUGGUGAUCGUAUUUCUAUCAACUGCGGCGGAGGUGCAGCUGUGAGCGGCCAAAAAUGGGGCGGAGACGCUGCCACGAAAGGCUCAUCAAAGGCAUCAACUGUCACGGGAGAGCUGAUCACAGCCGUCGAUCCAGUUCCCUACGUCACCGCGCGCAUCUCUCGCUCCCAAUUUUCCUACUCUUUUCACCUCGUUUCAGGUCAGAAAUUUAUCCGCCUUCACUUCAAUCCCGCUCACUACCAUGGCUUCCAUACCUACACUGAUUUCUUCACCGUUGAAGCGGGACCUUUCACCCUACUUGCUAAUUUCAGUGCUUCCAUAACUGCUCGUGCUCUCUCUCUCAAUAUCCUUGUUAAGGAAUUCUGCAUAAUUGUACAUCAAAAUCAACCCCUUAAUAUAGUUUUCUCUCCCGAACCUAGCCAAUCCAAGUAUAAUUAUGCAUUCAUUAAUGGAAUUGAGAUUAUAUCAGUGCCUCCCACCAUUUCUUACUGUCAUGGUGGAGAUAGUGGAGUUGAUGUGCUUGGAGAAAAGUCUGUCAUCUAUAUUAACAAUGCUACUGCACUUGAGAGGGUUUACCAUCAAAAUAUGAAGUUGGGGACUGCCUCGUUUGGCCAUGAUAUGUUUGGGAUAUGGGCAUCGAUUCUUCAAGGAAAUGGAAACAAGGCUAGUGAUCUCGUUUGGAGCGUGUCGGUUGAUGUGGGAUUUAGGUAUUUGGUCAGGGUUCAUUUGGCUGAGAUAGGAAUUAAAAUGGACUUCGUGCUUAUGAUUGAAAACAUGGUUGCCUUGACUAGUGUUGAUAUGCUCCAACAAUCGGGGAAUCAAAGUGUUCUUUGGUAUAACUAUAUAGUGAUGGUGCAAGGGAAGAAAAGUGAGUCUAAGCAUGGAAUCUCGAUUUCUCUGCAUUCUCAACAUGAAUUAGUGGAUAGACAAGGCCCAAUUGAAGGAUUUGAAGUCUUCAAGUUAAGCAACCAUGACCUCAGUCUUGCUAGUCCCAGUCCUCUGCUUCCACCAGGAGACUCACCAUCAUACUCUAUCCCUACUCUACUCAACUCUCUUCUUGGUCGAAAAAAUGCUAUUGCAACUGUGGUCUUUACUAAGAUUUCUCUGGUAAUCAUCAUUGUCCACCUGCUCCAAAAAAUGUGGGCAACUGACUUUUUGGAAGAGGAAAAAGAGCCAUCUGCUGGGGCAAAGCAAUCAUGCCGUCGCUUUUCACUAGCUGCGAUUCGAUCGGCAACAGACAACUUCCACAGCAGAAAUUUCAUUGGAAGGGGUGGAUUUGGGAAUGUCCACAAAGGGCUCAUAGAUAAUCGGCGAGAGAUUGUAGCUGUAAAGCGAUUAAAACAACACUCCAGUAUUGGAGAGCAACAAUUUUGGACAGAGGUUGAAAUGCUUUCUGAGCUUCGACAUGUGAAUUUAGUUUCUCUCAUCGGAUACUGCUGUGAGCAAAAGGAAAUGAUUCUUGUUUACGAGUAUAUGCCCAACGGGACACUUGCUGACCAUCUAUACAAACUAGCUAAGAAAAACAAUGAAUUUUAUCACCUCUCUUGGAAGCAACGACUUAAGAUCUGCAUUGGAGCUGGUCGAGCUCUAGAUUAUCUUCACACAGGCCAUGGGAUCAUACACCGAGAUGUGAAAUCUUCAAACAUUCUGCUUGAUGAGAAUUUUGUUGCUAAAAUAUCAGAUUUUGGCUUGGCUAAGACUGGAUUUGGCAGCGACUCUCGGAUCCAAAAUAGCACACUAGUUAGAGGCACACGAGGAUAUUUGGACCCAAAUUACUGUGUAACUCAUAAACCAACAAAAAAUAGCGACACAUAUUCUUUUGGUGUGGUGUUGCUGGAAGUGUUGUGUGGGAGAAGAGCACUGGAGCGAUGUGAUGAAGAAGAUAAGUGUUGUCUGGCUACAUGGGCUAUAGAUAUCAUCAGUAAGGGACAGGCUGAUCAUAUUGUACUUCCAAGUCUAAUAAGGGAAGUAUCACCAGAUAGCCUAAAGACGUUUGUGAAGGUUGCUAAAAGAUGCCUGCACGAUGAACCCAAAAAACGGCCAGCGAUAGGGCAUGCUGUUAUGAAACUUGAGCUUGCACUUGAGCAGCAGGAGAAGGCAGAAGCUCUUGAUUCAAAUGAGAGGACUGGCAUUGAAAAAUUGUUUUCAUCAACUGAUAAAUAUCACGAGGACAAUGUGAAUUUCAUGGCACCAAAUGAGAAAACAAAUAUUGUUGAUGCCGGGCCUCAGAUGGAGAAUGUGACAUCCUCGGCUCCCAAUGCCAUGCCACAUUCAGAUGAUGAUGGAACCAUUUUAUCAAGUAGUCGGAUACCAAUGACGAAUGUGAAAACUGUUACAUUUCUUCCCAAUGAACAAAUUAACAGCACUAUGAUCAAUUCUGGAAGACAAGGAGGAAGAAAAUCCAUGAUACUUCGCAUAUCAAGAAAACUUUGGCCUUGGGAUGCAUUUUGGAAGACCAAGAAACCCUCAAACAAAAUGGACUUAGCAGGCACCUCAGUAUCAGCACCGAUAUUACAUAGGACCAGCACCAUUACAAUGGAUGGCAAUACUGAGAGAAGUGAUGGGGUGAUUUCAAGUCCAGCAGUGGAGUCAUCAAAUGAAAUAGAAGAGCAUAUGCGGGUUAUGGAUAAUUUUAGUAAGGGACAAGUUGAUUAUAUUGUGGCUCCAACUCUGAGAGGGGAAAUCUCACCAGAUAGCCUGAGGACGUUUGUCAACAGUGCAGAAAGAUGGCUCCGUGAUGAACCAAAAAACCGGCCAACAACCAUACACAUUGUAACAAAAAUUGAGCUUGCACUUCAACAGAAGGAGAUGGCAGACUCUUCGCCACCAAAAGACAAAAUUAGUGUUGAAGGUGGCUCUUCAUCCACUGGUACAUCUCAGAGGGCGAACACAAAAUUUUUUGAACCAAAUGAUAAAAUAAAUGUUGCCAAUGAUGUAAAUCCAAGCCCAGCAGGGCAGGUGUCUUCAGCUACUGGUACAUCUCAGCAGAAGAAAGUGGAAUUUAAGAAAACAAAUGUUGAAGAUGAUGCAUGUCCCGGUCCGGUAAGGCAGGUGUCUUCAUCCAAUGGUGCAUCUCUGAAGGAAAACAUGAAACUUUUUGGAGCAAAUAAGAAAAUAAAUGUUGCUGAUGAUGCAAGUCCCAGUCAGGCAGGACAGGUGCCUUCAGCUACUGAUAAUACAUCUCAGCAGUUUAACGAGUUUUUUUAUAAGAGGAUGAAAGAUGCGAACCCCAGUCCGGCAGGGCAGGUGCCUUCAUCUACUGGUACUUCUCAUAAUGCGAACAUGGAACUGCUUGGACUAAAUAAGAAAGUAAAUGUUGCCGACGAUGGGAGUUUUAGUGUGAUUGCCCAGCCCAAUUUGAGGGUUUUCAGCUUCGCGGAACUCAAAGUCGCAACUCGCAAUUUCAGAGCUGAUUUGGUGCUGGGAGAAGGAGGUUUUGGCAUGGUUUACAAGGGGUGUCUGGGUGACAGAGCCGCUGCCAAAAAAGCCUUCGUUGCUGUCAAGAAGUUGAGUUCUGAAAGCAUGCAAGGGUUUCAAGAGUGGCAGUCUGAGGUGAACUUCCUUGGAAGACUCUCUCAUCCCAAUCUAGUGAAGCUGUUGGGCUACUGCCAUGAGGAUGAACAACUACUUCUUGUCUAUGAAUACAUAGCCAACGGCAGCCUGGAAAACCAUCUUUUUAGUAAGUCACGUGUUCAGCCGCUUCCGUGGCACAUUAGGCUUAAGAUAUUGACUGGAGUAGCUCGUGGCAUGGCGUUCUUGCAUGCAUCAAAAGAAGCAGUUAUCUAUAGGGACUUCAAGACAGCUAACAUAUUGCUUGACGAAUCAUACGAAGCUAAGCUAUCUGACUUUGGGUUAGCGAGGCCGGGUCCAACAGAUGGUCAUUCCCAUGUCUCGACACGGGUUAUGGGAACGCAGGGUUAUGCUGCUCCCGAAUAUAUUGCCACAGGGCACUUGUAUGUGAAGAGUGAUGUAUAUGGGUUCGGUGUGGUGUUACUGGAAAUGAUGACAGGGCUGCGAGCACUCGACAAUAGACGUCCAUCUGGACAACAGAGUCUGGUUGAGUGGAUAAAACCCUAUUUAUCCAAGUGGAAGAAGUUAAAAGAAAUUAUUGAUGCCCGUUUAGAGGGAGGAUAUCAUAAAAAAUCAGUACUACUACAAUUAGCUACGGUUGCCUUAGGUUGCCUUGAAGCGGAUCCCAAAAAAAGACCCUCUAUGGAAGAGAUAUUCCACACACUGGGAAAAAUUUAUGCUACCAACAACACACCUACACAAACUAGUAAGAAUCGCUUCUUCUCAAGAUAGCUUAUUACUCACUUUGGUCAGGUGGCCAGUAUUGAAGCACAGACCGUAACAAUUUACUGUUUGAGUUCAUCCCCUGUAUCUUCCUUUUUUUAUACAGUUUGUACAUUAGCUCCACCUAUAGAGGUUUGGAUGUUCAUGUCGGAGAAAAUUUGACUGUGAAUUCAAAUCAUGUGUGAAAAGUAAGAUUUAGAAUUGUUGUGCAAA